GCUCUCUGGUGGUCAGUCUGUGAACAGCAGAGAGAUGUAUAAUCCCUCCGUGGCCCCUGGAGCCUGUAUGGAGCCAUACAUGCGGCCCCCACACGCCCCGCCGCCACCGCACAGCAUGAUGGGACACCGCGGGAUGCCUCCACCCGAGGGUAUGAGCGGCGUCCCCUACUGUAACCAGAACAUGAUGACAUCCCAUCAUAAUCUCCCUCAUAACCAGCACACAUCUGAACUCAUGGCAUCAGGAGAUGCCUCGUGUUUCUCCACUCCUCGCUCGAUGCUGAAGCUCAGUAAGAAGCGAGCUCUGUCCAUCUCUCCGCUAUCGGACGCCAGUGUGGAUCUGCAGACCGUCAUCCGCACCUCUCCAAACUCUCUGGUGGCCUUCGUCAACUCUCGCUGCGGUCCCAAUAACCCCAGCUCAUACGGGCAUCUGUCUGUGGGCACCAUGAGCCCAUCAUUGGGUUUCUCCAGCUCCAUCAACUACUCCAGGGCUCAGGGGAACAUCUACAGUCAUCCUGUCCCAUCAUGCAUUGGGGCUCCGGCUCGCCUGCCUCCACACAACCCCAGAUUGCACACGCCUGCCAAACACACACAUCUGAAAACGGAGCCUGUCCUGGGCAGUGUAAUGGACAGCAUCAACAUUAAGAGUUUGGAGGAUCAUUCAGAAGGAGACGUGGCCAGUCCGUCCUCCACCGGAACACAGGAUCCUCUUCUGGGUUUACUUGAAGGCAGAGAUGAUCUGGAUAAAGAGGAGAAACCCGAACCCGAGGCCAUUUAUGAGACGAACUGCCACUGGGAGAGCUGCAGCAAAGAGUUUGACACGCAGGAGCAGCUGGUGCAUCACAUCAAUAAUGAGCACAUCCACGGAGAGAAGAAGGAGUUUGUUUGCCACUGGAAGGAAUGUUCCCGAGAGCAGCGUCCUUUUAAAGCACAGUAUAUGCUGGUGGUGCACAUGCGCAGACACACCGGAGAAAAGCCACACAAGUGCACUUUUGAAGGCUGUAAUAAAGCAUACUCACGGUUGGAAAACCUGAAGACUCAUUUGCGCUCUCACACCGGAGAGAAACCCUACGUUUGUGAACACGAGGGCUGUAACAAGGCUUUCUCUAAUGCGUCAGACCGAGCAAAGCACCAGAACAGAACACACUCCAAUGAGAAACCGUACAUUUGUAAGAUUCCUGGCUGUACGAAGCGCUACACAGACCCGAGCUCUCUGAGGAAGCAUGUGAAGACGGUGCACGGACCGGAGGCGCACAUAACGAAAAAACACCGUGGCGACACUGGCCCUCGUCCUCCCGGUUUGACCGCUGCAGGACAGAGCUCUGAGCUGCUGAUAGAAAAAGAGGAGAGAAACCGGGAAGACUGCAAACUACUCGCUCCAGAAAACACACUGAAAUCUCAGCCGAGCCCUGGUGGCCAGUCUUCCUGCAGUAGCGAACGUUCUCCACUAGGGAGUGCCAAUAAUAAUGACAGCGGUGUGGAGAUGAAUCUUAAUGCGGCAGGAAGUCUGGAGGAUCUGACCACACAGGAGGACAGUGGGAACGCCGGUGUGUCUGAAUCUAGCACUACCGUCGGCUCGGGGGGAAUGUGCAUGUCUGUACAGGCCUUAAAGAGGCUGGAAAACCUGAAGAUCGACAAACUGAAGCAAAUUCGUCGGCCAACGCCACCUGGGCGCAACGCAGGAAACAAACUCCCGGCUCUCUCAGCAACAGGAGAGAUGAUGAGCAUGUGUGCUCCCUCUCCCUUGCUCUCCAACCGGCGUGUGAUGGAGCUUUCGGCUCCCGAUAUGGGUGGAGUCACUGGAAUGGGAAUGUCCUGCCCUCCAAACGACCGGCGCGGCAGCGGCACCAGCAGCCUCAGCUCUGCUUACACCGUGAGCCGCCGGUCAUCAAUGGUCUCGCCCUACCUGUCCAGCAGGCGCUCCAGUGAUGUGUCCCACUGCCAGUCUGUGAUGGGGGGCGAGGUUCCCGGUGACCCGCUGUCUCCGCAGAACAGCCAAAGAGCCGGAUUGUGCCAGAGUUCUGGGGGUUUACCAGGUCUACCGAGUCUCACUCCUGCACAGCAGUAUAGUCUAAAGGCUAAAUAUGCAGCAGCAACAGGAGGUCCACCCCCUACCCCACUUCCAAACAUGGAACAAGCUGGCGCUCCUGCAAGACAUGUGGGAUUUUUGAGGGAAUGCCACGGCCAGCCUCUUCCUCCAUUUCUGCAGCAAGGUGGCACAAGAAGACACAGUGCUAAUGCCGAAUAUGGUACAGGAGUGAUCUAUCCACAUCAGGCACCUGGCAACAACACAAGACGUGCUAGUGAUCCAGUGCGCUCCGGAGCCGACCCGCAGGGUUUACCCAAAGUGCAGCGAUUUAACAGCUUGAGCAACGUGUCUCUUAUGAGUCGCCGAAAUGCACUGCAGCAGUGCGGCUCUGAUGCUGCUCUGAGCAGGCACAUGUAUUCGCCUCGUCCACCCAGCAUCACUGAAAAUGUCAUGAUGGAGGCCAUGGCUAUGGACGGGAACACCGAAGGCAGACAGCAAGGCAACAUGAUCCCAGGUGGAGACCGAAGCUACAUGGGCUACCAGCAUAAUCCUCACCAAGCAAGUCAGCUGUCUCCUGGGCAAGAAAGUCUGGGAUGCAUUGAUCAAGUUUAUCAGUCUCAAAUGCAAGGUCAGUAUCAGCGUGAGGAGAGUUGCACCACUGGGGUAAUGGGUCAGACUGACAUUGCAAACAAUCUACUUCAACAAGCUGAGUAUGGGAUGAGCACUUGUCAGCUCAGUCCUUCAGGUCCACACUAUCCCAGCCAAGGUGAUGGAUCAGGACCUUGGGGACAAACCAACCAGCUUCACAGCCCUGGGAUGCAAUACCAGGGUGCAGGAAUACAAGGACAGCACUACCCUCAACAGGGCGUAUAUGACCCUACAUCUGACCCUAACCUUCAAAGAGUUACUGUAAAACCAGAGCAAUUCCAUCCAUCAAUGGGAGGAUCUAGUUCUUGCCAGAACACUAAAACUCUGCACCAGAAUAGGCAUAAUGCAAAUAUGCAAACAUAUCCACUACAAGGCCAAGGUAUCAUGAAUAGAUCCUCCAAUGCAAGUUGUGACUUCCAUCAUUCCCAAAUGGGAACACAACCAAGCCAGGGGGGAUCUUUUCAGAGUGGUACUGGUAUAAACCUUGCCCUAGCAGAGAGCCGCAGAUCACAAACACCAAUGCAUCAAAUGAAGGAAAUGAUGGUCAGGAACUACGUGCAAUCCCAGCAGGCUCUCCUAUGGGAGCAGCAGCAAGAGCAGAGUGUCUCCGGAAAGCCUGAUGUUAUGGACAUGGGACAAACACAGAUGAUGCAGCACAGUCCGCAACAUCAACAAGCCAACCAGAAUCAUCAUCCUGGUAACACUUACCAAGGCUACCCAAAUCAGAACUUGAUGAGCCCACAGCAAAAUCGGGUUCCUGUAUCUGUCAAGGAGCAAAUGCAAAGCUCCUGCUAUGGGCCAGACAUGAUGCCACGACCACCCCAAGUACGAAAGCCCUUGAGUCGCCAAAACAGCCUUUCCCAACAAGCAGGUGGAGCUUACCUGGGAAGCCCACCUCACCUCAGCCCGGUCCACUCUACAGCCAGUCCCAGAAGAGGAGUUCGACUCCCGCCAGUUCAACAACAACAACAACAACAACAACAGCAGCAGCAUUCGGAAAACUUCAACAACAACAACAACCCAAUGUACUACUCAGGCCAGAUACACAUGCACCACGACCUAGAGAAGACUCCAGAGGGUCCAUGUCUUGCCCAGCAGCACCUAACAAGCUCAGACCCCACUACAAAACCAACAUCAAUCUCUUAUCCAGACCCUGCCCCCAUGUCCAAUGCCUUAGAACACCUAGACUUGGAGAACGCUCAGAUUGACUUUACCUCCAUCAUUGAUGACCAAGAACCUUCAUCUUACAGUCCAAUCAAUGCACCUAUAGGACACCACCAAUGCUCCUCUCAGACCUCCUCUCGCCUUACAACACCCCAAAACUCCAUCACACUUCCAAGUGGCCUUUCUAAUAUGGCAAUUGGGGACAUGAGCUCAAUGUUGACAUCACUUGCUGGGGAAAACAAGUAUCUAAACACGUUAUCCUAAGGUGCUUCUGCUUAUAAUUGGGCCAAAGUGAACAAGUAGAAGAUGAUGGAUCAGGACCUUGUGGGACAAGCCAUCAAGCUCCACAGGCCUGGGAUGCAAUACUAGGGUGCAGAAAUGCAAGGACAGCACUACCCACAACAGGGUGUAUAUGACCCUACAUCUGACCCUAACCUACUUAGAGACUGUAAUACCAGAGCAGUUCCAUCUAUACAUUGGAGGAUCCAAUUCCUGCCAGAACUCCAAAACUCUUCACCAGAAUAAGCAUAAUGCAAAUAUGCAAACAUAUCCACCACAAGGAUAGAACAAAUAUGUAAACACAUUAUCUUAGGGUGCUUCUUCAUAUAAUUGUUCCAAAGUGAGCAUGCAGACUCCUACGACUGACCCUUGCAACACUAAUGUUUCCUCUAAACUUUUUGCUUGUCUACAUUGGAUCGCACAGCCUAAUAGUUUUGUAAUUGCUCAAAAUAUAAUACCACAGAGGCCUAUUGACUAUUAAAGAGGUGUUCCAGUCACUACUGUGAGAUAAUGGAAGUCACAUUUGUUUAAAAUGUAAAUAUGAACAUUGGACUCUAAAUGGUGGCAGGUUAGAUAAAACAUAUCUGGACUGGCUUAAAAAAGCCACGUGUACGCUACAUAGGACGACUAAAGUGAGGGAAUGUGUAAAGAUGAAGCUGGUAGCCACAUUUAACUUUUGGUAAAGACAGGACUCGAGUGCCUUUGACCAUCGUGGCCUCUUUGAUUCCUCACAGGUACAACAUGUUGGAGAAAACAUCCCACAUGAAAAAUACUAUAGUUAUUCAUAGUAAAUACUGUAUUGCUUUGAACCAGACUAUAGUAACGUGUAUUAUACUGUAUAUAUUAUAGUAUUUACAAUACAGUACAGUCCUACUCUUGCCUAUAGUCAUGAGCUUUGGAUCAUGACCAAAAGGACAAGAUCUCAUAUACAAGUGGCCGAAAUUAGUUUUCUUCGCAAGGGGGGCAGGGCGCACCCUUAUGGAUAGGGUGAGGAGCUCUGCCACCUGGGAGGAGCUCGAAGUAGAGCCGCUGCUCCUCCACAUCGAGAGAAGUCAGCUGAGGUGGCUCGGGCAUCUGUUUCGGAUGCCUCCUGGAUGCCUACCUAGGGAGGGGUGCCAGGCAUGUCCCACCGGGAGGAGGCCUCGGGGAAGACCCAGGACAAGCUGGAGGGACUGUUUCUCAGCUGGCCUGGGAAAGCCUCAGGAUCCCCCUGGAGGAACUGGAAGAAGUGUCAGUGGAGAGGGAAAUCUGGGGUUCUCUCCUAAGACUGUUGCCCCCGUGACCCAGCCUCGAAAGAGCAGUUGAAAAUGAAUGAAUGAAUGGCAAUACAGUUUAUAAAUGCUACAUCAUGCUGUACUUUACUAUAGUAUGGUUAAAAAUAUUAGUAUUUACUAUUAAUUAUUAUAUAAUAUUUUUUCAUGUGCGAUGAUAGUUGAGACAGAAAUCAUCAGUAUACUUUGGUUUCGACACAAACGCUUGGUGUACAAGUACAGCCAAAUGCAUAGGCUUUCAAUGUAUACUCCAUUUGAUAGAGUGCCUAUACACAGAUGCCAAAACACAUUUGUGUGUAUUUCUGAAACCCCUCAUGCACACAAGCAGGCAUCUAUUGUUGUUGCAUCUAUUGCAGUUUGUUGUUUAGUUUAUUUUUUGGCUGUGAAACAACAGUCCAGGCAAGUGUUUCCACCUUGUGGACCAACUAAUAAGUGCAACAAAAAAUUCAACGUGCAUGUCCAAGCUAAGUGUACACAUUACAUGCAUUUAGAAAAUUUACGUCACAUGCAUUGUGAACAUACCCUUGCAUUUACAUAUUUGGGAUUAGGAGAAGAGUGUUCUUGCUAAAUCUCAUCGCUAACUGUCAUAAUGGCAGAUUACAGAACAGUAUUUUUCAGUCUUGUCAAUUAUCUCUAGGUCUAGACAAGAGCCUUAGAGUCAUGAUAUUCAAAUGUUCUAGUGUUGUUUUCUGAUUAUUCGACUAGUCUGUUUCAGACAGAUACUUUAAAGGGUAACGGCACUGAGUUGUGUUUUUUGUACGGUUUCUGUUAGUCUACAUUGCGCUACAUAACUCAAACUAGCAUGCAUAUGCAUUGCACUGACAACAGCACUGAGCUGAGGAGAAGUGAUUUCAUUUUUAUUAAAGGUUCCAUAUAGUAUGAGAGUUACAUACAGUGCAGGUACUUGAUAUUUGUCAAGCUUUUGGUUUACGACCUGGUUAUUUCAACACUUUGUGUACAUUGUGCCUAUCAUUUAAGUGUUAUCGAGGGGUGUGUUACAAUAGACAACAACCCUUUAAAAAUCUCAGUGUUUCCACUUUCCGUGGCAUACCAAAGACGACUGGCACUGAGACGAAUACACACUUGAUACUUGCUAGAAACAAUGUCAUGUGCUUCCAUAUUGCUGUGAUAAAGAAUGUUCUUUUUAAUUUCCUUUCUUUUUUAAAGAGAAAAAAAAACAUGUUUUGUGGUUUUUGCAUUUCUGCGUGUUUUUAUAUCUGUCACAGUCCACCCAAACCUUUUUGCUGGCAAAAGUUCAUAAAGUAGCAACAGAUUUAUGAUAUUAGCAUUUAUCUCAUCUAUUUACAAGGAAACUAAGUGAUAUUUUUGCGUACCGUUUUCUACGUUUUUGUACAAAGGUACUAUAUUAUACCAGUUUAUAAAUAAAACGGAGCCUGUGAUGGAAGAAAA